AACAGUUAAACUUCCGGCCACUUGGCUGCUCUUCUCAUUCUGCUUCAAUCCCUCUCAUAUCUAUAAAUUUUUCACUCGCAUUUUUGUUUCUGGUUUAUGUGUUCUUGCAAUCCUCCUCUGCAGAUUUCUUUUUCUUCCUAGCUCGGUGUUUUCCAGGAGAUAAGCAUCUUGAUUCGCCAUAAUGUCAGACGUUGAGGCCUCCAAGCCACAAAAGAGGAAGAAAGGCUGGGUGGACUUUUUAGUUAAUUUUCGAUGGAUUCUGGUUAUUUUUGUAGUUCUUCCGUUCUCAUUCAGUUUCUACUUCAUGCAAUAUCUUGGAGACAAACGAUCUGAGAGGAAGUCCUACAAGCAGCGCCAGAUUGAACAUGAAGAAAAUGUCCAGAAAGUUGUUGAACGCCUCAAAGAAAGAAACCCUUCGAAGGAUGGUCUUGUCUGCACUGCCCGCAAGCCUUGGCUUGCUGUGGGAAUGCGAAAUGUUGACUACAAACGAGCACGACACUUCGAGGUUGAUCUAUCGGCUUUCCGCAACAUACUUGACAUUGACAAGGAGAGAAUGAUUGCAAAAGUUGAGCCCCAUGUGAACAUGGGACAGAUAUCUAGAGCCACAAUUCCCAUGAACCUUUCACUCGCAGUCGUUGCCGAGCUCGAUGAUCUUACUGUUGGUGGCCUCAUCAAUGGCUAUGGCAUUGAAGGAAGCUCCCAUAUCUAUGGUCUUUUCUCUGAUACCGUUGUGGCCUAUGAAAUCGUUCUUGCAGACGGCAGGGUCGUAAGGGCGACCAAGGAUAAUGAAUACUCCGAUCUUUUCUAUGCCAUCCCAUGGUCUCAAGGGACUCUUGGUUUUCUUGUGUCUGCUGAGAUCAAACUUAUACAUAUAAAGGAAUAUAUGAAGCUUACAUACACACCUGCCAAAGGCAACCUACAGGAGAUUGGGCAGGCAUAUAUGGACUCAUUUACACCAAGAGAUUUAGAUCAAGAUAACCCUGAGAAGGUCCCUGACUUCGUAGAAACCAUGAUUUAUUCUCCUACCGAAGCCGUGUGCAUGACAGGAAGAUAUGCAUCCAGCGAAGAGGCCAAGAAGAAAGGGAAUGUGAUCAACAGCAUAGGUUGGUGGUUCAAGCCAUGGUUUUACCAGCAUGCACAAAAAGCACUGAAAAAGGGGGAGUUUGUGGAGUAUAUCCCAACAAGAGAGUACUAUCACAGACACACCAGAUCUUUGUACUGGGAGGGAAAGCUUAUUCUUCCAUUUGCCGAUCAAUGGUGGUUCCGGUUUCUCAUGGGAUGGAUGAUGCCUCCCAAGGUCUCUCUGCUAAAGGCUACUCAAGGUGAGGCUAUCAGAAACUAUUACCAUGAGAUGCAUAUUGUUCAGGACAUGCUCGUUCCUCUUCGACGAAUCGGGGAUACGUUGGAGUGGAUCCACAAAGAGAUGGAGGUGUACCCAUUAUGGCUCUGCCCACACAGAUUGUUCAAGCCCCCAAUGAAAACAAUGGUGACUCCUGAACCAGGAUUUGAGCUGCAACUCAAGCAGGGUGACACCCCCUACGCUCAGAUGUACACAGACAUCGGAGUCUACUAUGCUCCCGGAGCCGUCCUAAGAGGAGAAGUUUACGACGGCGUUAAGGCAGUCAAGAACAUGGGGAACUGGCUCAUUGAAAUCCAUGGCUUCCAACCACAGCACUCAGUGACCGAGAUGACCGAGGAAGAGUUUUGGAAAAUGUUUGAGCCAGAACUUUAUGAGGUGUGCCGAAAGAAGUAUGGAGCCAUAGGGACGUUCAUGCAUGUGUAUUACAAAUGUAAGAAGGGGAGGAAGACCGAGAAGGAAGUCCAGGAAGCUGAACGAGCUCAACCUGAAACUGCUUACGCUGAUAUAGAGCAGCCAGCCGGGUGAUGCUUUUGCAUUCAUAAACAAAGUAGCAUUCUUGUUUCUCCCCCUCCCACUUUGUGUUAUGGUCUCUGCAUUUAUUCUUCUUCUUUGAAAUUUCACUGUUGCCUUCCCACUCUUUGUAUCUUUCACUUCGUCUCUUACACUCUCAUAAACACUUUCACGUGUAUGUUAAUUAUGGUAUUUGUAUUGUAUAUUGUAAUGCCAAAACUGAAAAAAUCUCAAUUUCAGUUUAUUA